AUGGCGGAAGUUAAAAGAACGCGCUUGAAGAGAAAGGAGUGUAGAGCUUACACUGCUGAUCAAGAAAAUAAGAUGUUGCCAUCUACGCCUAAAAAAGUUUAUAAAGGUGGCAAAGGAGUGUGUCGAAUUUGUGCUGAAGAAACAUCAGCACAUCACUUGACCAGAAUUUUUUCAAAAAGUGGAAAGGAAAAAUCCUUACAUCACAAAAUAUUCAGAACAUGUGGAUUAAACGUUUCCGAGUUUGAACUAUUGCCUACAACAAUUUGUUUAAAGUGUGACAGGUUUAUCAAUAAAAUGUUUGACUUCCAGAAUAAUGUACAACAACAACAAAUCCAUUUACAACAGCAAACAACAGUAAAAAGAUGUGCAGCUUUUUCACCAAACCAGCAGUCAAAACCAAAAAAAAUCAACAUUAAAAAUGAAAAUUAUCCUGUCCAAAAAAACUGUUUCCAGUCAAAAAAAUCUCUUCAAUUUACGCCUUUACUAAACAUAACAAAUGAAACAGACAUAAAGUCAAACACAAAAAUACUUCCUAAAGAACUUGGCAAAACAAAACAACCUCAAAACGACUUCAUUACUGAAGAUCAAGAAAAGAAAAUUAUUACUGCAUUACAAACAAGGACAAUUGAUAUUAUCAUAACUACCAUAAAAAAUAAUUGCCCUAAAUUAAUUGAUGCCAUUAAGCAACUUGCUACAGAUGAAAUAAGCACUACAUGCAAAAACUUAUGCAAGAAAAGUGGUGGCUCUGUCUUGUUUGAAAAGAAUUGUGACGAAAUGAUGUUUUUUAAAGAAAGCAAUUUAUGGUCAGAAGUCACACAAUAUAAUCCAUUUUUAAUAGACAUAUUGACGACUGUAGCAGGCAGAAAACAUAUUGAGCAUGAUCUACAGAUAAAAUUGUGUUUUAUUUACUCAAUUUUAAUGCAGCACAGAUGGCAUGAAUUGUCCUUAAUGCAAAGAAUAUAUACAGUACUUGUUAUUGAAGGUGGCUGCAGCAAACAGUUACAAAAAAGACUCAACAAAGUUGGCUAUUGUUUAUCUCCUUCAUCAAGGGAUACGUUGUUGAAAUUAAUUGGAGGUAAUUUUAUGUCAAGUGCAGUACAGAUUGUCAAAAGUGGUUUUACGCUACGUGGAACGACUGACAACUGGGAUUUGAAAGUUUUAGUUAAUUUGAGAAAAUCAAUCAACAAUGAAGACCUUCAUCUUCUUGCUUCAAAUCUUAUAGAAAACAGAAUCACAUUCAACCACCUCCCUAAUGACCACCCCAAGGAAAAUUUAAGAACAAUUUCCCGUUGUAGGUUCAUUCCAAGUAGAAAAGAAUGGGAAGAAUAUACAAAAACAUCGGCAGUAAUCGUUGGAAGGAUAAUGGCAGAUUUUUUUACACAAUUUAAAUUUUUCAAGAAAGUGUUACCAGAACAUAUUAAUCAUGAAUACAGUGAAGAAAUGAACAAAAAAUCAAAAAUUAUUAGCAUGCCAAUCAUCAAUGCUAAUGAAAAUAACUAUCAAGAUUGUGUUGUUGCCCUGAGGACAUUUGAAUUUUGGAUAGCUGAAAUAUAUCAUAAGGCAGGUUUGCUUCAAGAUAAGCCUGAUGUGGAUGAUACAAUCCAUAUUCCAGAAGGUCCUGCAAUGCCUGGACAAACCUAUGGUCAUGUCGCUCAUACAGAAAAUGAUCCAAUGAGGGAUAUGAAGAUUCCCUUCUCUGGAGAUCAGCUAACUCGUGUCCGUUUUGCCGGAGCCAAAGAUUUGAUAUCUGGUGCACACACACCGACUGAUCGAUUAGAGCACUGUGGCCCAUUUAAACCGGUAAUGUGGCAUACAAAAGCUUCAUUGCUCCAAUAUUGCUAUGGUGUUUUAUUUUCAAAUGAAUCGACAAAUGAACGGGGAACAUUAAAAUUUUUCAAGGAGAAAUAUAAUCGAAAAGAUGCAACCCCUGCUAAAGUACUGAAUUCAUACAAAAGCAGUGAGGAGUUAUUUUUAAGUGUCGGCACGUCAUACAUAGUCGUUGCAGCAAUGAAGUUUUUUGGCAUGGAAACCAUGAGAGAUAAACCUACAAAGCAUGAAUUUCCAAAAAAUAUUUCACAUUCAAGUAAUGAUAAAAAAGAAGGGUAUUUCACACAAGUUACUCAACUUUUUAUUCAGGAAUACAUAUUACAAAAACAUCAAAAUAUUCCAGAUGAUGAGGAUUAUUUGAAAAACUAUUCUCUUUGUAUUUCAUUUUUGACAGUCUUGGUUCUCCAAUUAAAAGAUGCAGCAAAAGAAGGUGAUGGAGGAAGAAAUUUAAUAAAUCAAGAAAUUCUCCUUUUUCGUUUUUAGAUCACUGGGAUCAUAUAGCAAAUAUGCCAUAGAGAUGUUUGUCAGUAUAGCCCAAAUUGAAGCAAUGCUUCCACCUAGACUAUCAGAACAAUUUAAAUGGGGCUUCUUUGUUAAUUGGAGGGGAGGAGCUGGCUGUAAUAUGGAAGAGGAUUUGGCACAAGAGAUCAGCAACAAAUUGAGUAAAAACAUUGUACAAAGGAUGGGUCCAAAUAAAACCCUAGAAUCAAUCAGUAAAGUAUGCAAAGCUGUCAAUGGUAUAAAGCAGAUUGUUGAAAAUUAUGAUCAUCUGUUAGGAUUCCACAAUGUUUCAACACAACAUACAACUCGAGAUUUGUUGAGUGACGAGAAGGAAAUGGUUGGAGAUCUGUUAGCAAUA